UCGAACCCAGGACCCUUCAGUCUGCAGGCUGAUGCUCUAUCCACUGAGCCAAACUGGUUUGGUGACACCAGAUCUUUUUACAGUACCUGUGGUCAGUGGCCCUGAUCCCUUGUUCUGCCUUCUCUUCCUCCUGCCCCUGACCCCCCACAGCCCUGAGGGGUACCAUCCUCCUCAGUGAAAGUUUGAGUACAAUCUCAGCUUCAAAGUAGCAUUGUCUGUGGCUGGCUUACCAUUCUGGAGCCCUCAUGGAGUGAAGGAUGGGAUGGGGACCAGCCAUGCUCAGGAUUCCUCAGCACGAAGUGCGCUGGCCCCAUCCAUAUGGAACUGAAGUGGUGCAGUGUAGAGCAGGGCCCCUGUCCUCUUCUCUGGCUGGCAGGCGGACAUGCAGAUGAGAGUAACUGGGCCAGGGCACCAGGGAGCCCAGGUCCUGGUGAGUGGCCCCCAGCAGAGAGGGGGAGUUGAGCAGCUGGGGACCCAAGGACUGUGUAGUACACCAGGGGCCAAGAGCGGGGGCCAAGUCAGCUCUGCGCUGGUGGAGCCUGCCUUGAGGAAUGGCCUUGGAAUCCUCUUCGACUCCUCAUUCCAAGAUACCCAGGAGCAGAGUUUGCUUGUUCUUCCUGGGAACCACCCCAGAGAAGCCUUCGUUCAUUCAACCCAGCAGCUCCAGAUCAGCGGGGAUAGUGAAAUGAUGCAGACAUACAAGGGAGACUCAAGCUUGACCACAGGGACAUGUCCCAGCAGGUCAUCCAGUGGGGGAAGUGGCACUGCUGGCCUGGGAAGAAUGGCCUCUGGGACCACCCCCACUGUCCAGUCCUUGGGUCCUGGAUGGCCCUACUGGACUCUAAGUCCCCACAGAGAUGGAGCCAGCUGGGUGCUGGGCUCUCAUUACCACAACUUCCAGAACUGGCCAUACCCCUUCCAAGAGCUCCCCUACUGGGCGCAGAGCCUGCUCAUGAGCCGAUCCUACUCACACACGGCCUCUUUUGCUUUUGCAGGUCCUACAAACAUGCAGGGUGUGCAGGUUACAGGCUCAGAGAUACAGAGAUACUGUGUAAUCUGUUGUUCGUGGCCUCAACUGAUUUGGACCCAGACACUCAGAUUUGGGGAUAAUUUUCCCUGCCACAAGCAAAGAGAAGGGGGGCACAUCUGUAAGGUGCUCACCCCCUUCUGUGCCCCUCAGGUGUCCUUGAAUACUCCCAGAGACCUGGAUUUGGUCUGCAUUGAUGUGGGGCCCCUGCUUUUGGCUCCUGGAAGUUUCUUUGGGGUCUCAGCAGCCACUAGAACCCUGGCAGGUGAAAACAGAGGAAUGUGCCUAAUGAACCAUCUGAGCACACCUUCUAAGGAGCACUGGAUGUGUUGCCUGCCACUUCCUCACUGUGUGACCUGGGCAAGCGUUGUGCUGGGCAGUGCUGGGAUCAGAAGUGACCUAGAGCCAGGCCUUGUCCUUAAGGGCCUUGGAGGCUGGCUGAAGGCUGUGGGAGCACAGAGAAGGGGUCCUAACCACCCAGAGCAGCCGGAAGGGCUGCAGGCAAGGUUGGCCCUGGGCACCAGGGAAGACAUCAUUCCAAAGCUGAACUCCAAAGACCAGGAAGAGGGGGAAAGAAUCUUUGACCUGGAGGAGACAUUGAACAGACGCAAGAAGAUCCUGCAGGGUCUCUCUGAGCACUUGGCCCAGGCUGAGAGGCAAUGGAAGCAGCAGCAGGAUCUAGGUCAGGCCAGGCCUGAGGGAGCCUGGGUGAGUGGCCCCUGGAACAUCCAUGCAGGCCUGAAGAAGCUGAGCUCCCUAGGCACUGGGCCCCAUGGCACCAGGGGGCUCCCUGUGUCCAACUUCCCCUUUCAGAAAGCAGCAGCCAAGGAACCAUGCCCAGCUGGCCAUCCCCCAGGGCCCUCCUCGUGCCUACAGCCCAGCAUCUUCCUGUUCUUCCUCCUCAUCUUCCUUUUCUUCUUCUAUGUGCACUUCAAGUGGGCCUUCCUAUAGGCAAAACUUUCCACACCUACCCGGCUUGGUUCUGGGCAUAAUAAUUUGAUUUGAGAGAGGGAGCGUUAAGACCCACCUGCCUGUUCUACCAGCUGGCAAUGAGCAGUGCCCAUAUUUUCAAUAGGCACUACUAACCAUGUGCUCAGCCACUGGUUCCAUCUAGAUCCUGCCCUCAAAUAAUCUCUCUCUAGUGUGAGAAACUGACAAGUACCUGAUAGUCACACCCUAUGUGGUCAGUGCCAUGAUGGCAGGAAGCUCACGGGACAUACAACAGUACAAGAAAAAGCACUUGACUCAGCCUGGGGAGAUCAGGGAACUGGCCUAGAGGGACCUUUGAUACAGGUCAUCAAGGCAACUAGUUCUCCAACCUGAUAAGUACAGUCAUCAUUUCAGAGGAACAGCAUGAGGAAAGGCAUGGAAGCAUGAAAGAACACAAUAUUUUGGAGAAAAAGUGGCAAGUUUAGAACUUUCAGAGCAAAGGCUGGGACCAAUUUGUGAAAAUGGGCAAAAAGAAUCACAGAGGUUGCCUAGCCUAUGAACCAGGAGGUCAUGGUUCAAUUCCCA